UCCGCCCCCUGGUGGAGGGGGUGGUUGGCACCGAUCACCCGUCAUACCGGAGGCAGCGCUGCUCGGUACUCUGUCUCCCUCAGACAGCGGACGGGACCUGGCGGAUGUACCGAUGGCUCCCCUUUCCGCUGACGUUCCCGUGAUGUUGGCGUGUGUUUCGGCUUGUUGUCGCCACCUCGCCGGCGGUGAGUCCGGUCAGACCGACUGACGGUGGAUGUGAGACACCGGCGAUGCGCUCCGGCUCUGCUUCUGGCUUGAGGGGUUGAAGGCGCUUUAAAAACACCUCCAUCAGUAGAGAGCCGACUGGAGCUGUCUGGUGGGUCCCUCACUGCUAUGAUCCUGAGAACCUGAAGUUUUUGCCUUCUUGAGAGCUUUUCCAUCCCGUCCUGAAUCGCGCCCGGUUCCUCGAUGGGUUCCCGCAGCCAGAGCUUCUUCCACAACCACCAUCACCACCACCACCACCAUCGCAGCUCCAUGGUGCCCGCCACCGUGCCAAGGCUGCUGCCGGAAAGCGGGAGUCUGCUGGGGGGCAUCGCCCAAAUCACCCCAAACCUCUUCCUCAGUAGAGGCAACGUGGCGUCCAACCGCAGCCUGUUGCUGUCUAAGGGCAUCACCUGCGUGGUCAACGCCACCAUCGAGUUGCCCAACUUCAACUGGCCGCAUAUGGAGUACGUGAAGGUCCCCCUAGCAGACAUGCCCCACUCCCCCAUCUCCUUGUACUUCGACAGCGUGGCCGACAAGAUCCACAGUGUGGGGCGCAAACGAGGGGCGGUGCUGGUGCACUGCGCAGCCGGGGUGAGCCGCUCGGCCUCUCUGUGCCUGGCGUACCUCAUGAAGUACCACCGCGUGUCUUUGGCCGAGGCCCACGCUUGGGUCAAGGCCCGCCGUCCCAUCAUCAGGCCCAACGGCGGCUUCUGGCGCCAGCUGAUUGAAUACGAGAGGAAGCUGUUCGGCAGGAACUCUGUUAAGAUGGUGCAGACACCCUACGGGAUCAUACCCGAUGUUUACGAGAGGGACCGCAGGACCCUCGCUCCUUACUGGGGCCUGUGAGCGUCUGCGCUGGCCAUCCAUCCACGAUGAGGGAUAAAGGUGGAAAGCGAACCUCUUUUUUUGUCCUACCUGAGCUGCAGGGGUAGGCCUGUUCUCGUCAGGUGAAGUGAGAUGUGUGAGUGUAGAUGUUUCUGAAGCAUAUUUACUGAAAAAGAACAGAGGAAAUUUGAUGGUGCUGCAGUCUAGUCUUUGAGUUGGGAGCAAAGCGACUGAAAGCCCAGAAUCCGUCGAACCAAAUGAUCGUCGGGUAACAUGGAUGUUCUGGACUGAAUGCCCAGAGCUCAGAGUGGUCGGAUGGUACUGUGGUGUGUUUCCCAGUGUGUUUUCCCACUUCCAGAGGAGACGAGCACUCUGAGGGCGGGGGGUGCUCAAGCCUCUGCAGUGCCGACAGUGAUGUCCCUUUCCUGACGUGGUGUCAUGUGGUGAUAUUGUGUCAGUUUCCCAGUAAUAUUUAAUGUGAAGGGCAGCAGCAUGCUCUGAAUUCAUGGUAGCAUUAAAGAAAAGUGUUCAGAAAAAUAACACAAUGUAUCGCAAUGUGCUGAUAGUGGGGAGGGGAGGGAGGCUUACGGAGCACUUUACUCAAACAUUCAAAGAUGUUACAUCUAGCUUUUUACAAAGGAGAAAUUUGAAAACACGUAAGCUAGAAAUGAAGGUUUAGUGAAAGCUCCUGUGUAACACAGGGUUGACUGUUCCGUCCUGUGACCACACUAUGUUAUUGUAGUGCUACUUGAUGCUCUAAUAAAAAUAAUAUCUGCUGCUUUACAUGGA